AUGAAUUCCAACGCAGGAGCUCCCCCAGGGACUCCCGCCGAGGAGCAUGCCAACCACACAGCGCCAGUCGAAGCGAGCCAGGCUGGAGAGGCCCAGGCGAGCGAGGACGCCAACGACCAGGACCCCGACGACCACGGGCACGGAGACCACGACGGCAACGACGACGGCUCCGACAACGGUCGCGACAGUGACAAUCCCAGCGAGUUUGGCAACCAUAGCGACCUCAGCAACGAUAGUGACAACGACUAUGUCUACAACUUCCACGAGGAGCCUGAAACAGAGCCCUUCGCGCAGCCAGACAAUGACGGCGCAGGCAGCGGUGACCUGUUCACGCAGGCAAGCGACGACCAUGCCACCAUCCACUCGACGGUCUAUGUGCGUCAGCGAACCGGAGAGGACCAUGGCAGCCGUGCAAACGGCGAUUCUGCACCCGUAGAAACAAUUGUAGACAGUUACGUCCUCGCGGGCCCCGCGGAGGAUGUGCCUGCAAAUUGGGGCCGUGAUUCGUUAUUCCGGGGCAGCUUUCAAGUCUUGGAGAGGAGCAACGACGACAUUCCCGUCAGCGAGUAUGGGCCUAUACCCAAUUACCAGCUUUUUCAGAUCGACUCGGAGGAUAGUCUGCGGUCCCGCCUCUUCGACGACCAUCUGAAGACGCGAUUCCUGGGUUUUCCCGACAGGCCCUUUGUCUUGCAUGCGUGUCUGUCGAACAAUGACACCGGUGAGAUCUCCGCUCACUAUUCGCCCGACUGGAGGGACUGCGCCCAGGUGGUCAGGAUCUACAGCCCGUGUUUCAACCGAUUGUUCUUGCAGCAGAGAGUGCUGACCAUUGGAGAUCGGUCCGUGGCGCUCAACCUCCCGGCCAAAUACUCCUUCAUCUACGACGGCCGCAACAUCCACCUGGUCAUCCGGGAAGAAACUCUGGAACAACGAGUCAGGAAGCACGCCAGCGAUCGCUUCAUGACUGUCAAUCGGAAUAGCAUCCCUCUGUCUACGGCCUUUGCCGUCUGGGGCCUACGCUUCGGGGUGCUGCCCCUAGCAUGUCGCAACGAAAUCGAGACCGUGUGGCGCAGCAUGGCCUACCUGGCUGACGAGCUGUACCGCCGCUCAACCCUUGGCGUGCCCACUGCGCUCCUCGACCGGCAGGGCCUGGAGAUCCUGGCCGUGAGGCUGCACCGCCGGAGGAUCGACUACCACGGACGCAUCAUGUACCGGUCGUCGGGACCCAGCGGUGUGCAUCUCGAAGGCCGUCUAGUGUCCGUGGAACUGAUCGACGAACCCCUGCGCGGCAUGCGCAUCCGGACCGUGAUCGAAGUCACGAGCGACGUGACUCGCUUUCAUUUGAUCUGCCUGCGGCAUUCAGCCGACGAGUUCCGCCGCUUCGGCUGGUACUUCUCGAACCGCGGUGAUGAUCCGUCUGGCACCUAUUACGGCGUUGGCAUCGACCCUCUGCGCGAAUGGGUGCCUGGCAAGAUCAUCUACCAGCAGCGAACGAGUCAGGGUCCGCUCACUUUCGUCGUCGCAGAUGACAACACGGUGAAUGUCCACGUCGAUGACAAACGUCUGCACAGUCUGCUCUGGUCCCAUCACAGCAGCUACCCAUGGCCAGUGAGGCGUUACUGGCCCUUGACGAGCCUGGUGUCGCUGUUCCGGCAGUCAGUAACCCAUCCAGAGUGCGAUCAACAGGAGCUGUCCACACUGGUGCACCGGAUAUUUCAGCUUGAAGUCGACCGCAUGGCUCUCCUCCAGGCCCGAGACGACGUGCACGUGCACCAGGAGCAGUUCGUCCAUCAUCAGUUCGCGGUGGAGAUGUUCCGCCGCUCGAUCAUGCAUGAGAAGUCAACCAUAAAGACUCGAACUGCAGUCCCCCAGCCCUCUCACGCUGAGUGCGCUGGCACUCUGUACAACGUUGUCCCACGCCUGAACCACGGUGUCUUCUCUCUGGAAUGCUACUUUCUGUACUGGUCCCAGGCUCAUCAGACCACGUUCGGUCUCAUGAUUGAGGCAUUGGAAUGGCGCCACCUCGAUCCCUUCGUCGACUUUGAAGCCGUCGAGAUUUCCAUGGAGGGCGAAGAAGUCCCUCCGUACUGGGAUCCUCGUUGCGAGCACCUCUUCAAUGACGUCUGGCGAAGAGUGCCACUGCCCACUCCAACCACACCAUGCCCGCCACCCUCCUCCAGUGUUCCCUUCCACAUCCCGGCAUGCCGCAUGGGCGCGUUGCUGCGUCCGCUUGCAAGGGCGUUGGAGGCCAAUUGUUUUCCUGCGAAAGCAGACAACGUUGCCUCCCUUGUCCAAGCACAGUACAACAGCUUCUGUGCUCGCACCCAGUACGCCGCAUCAACGCCCCUGAUCCUGCAGAUCCUGGCGCAGUUCACGGCGUGGCACCAGACCCAGUUCAUCGACUCAAGUCGUCGGCGCCGCCUGGAUCUGUACAACAAUGCGUGUGCGGCACGUGAAGCUGUUGCGUGGGACGACAUCAGGAGGCAGCGCGAGGCGUUGGUGGAGAGUAGCUUCGAGCCCUGUGAUGUCCUCCUGCUCCUACUACUGGAGGUGGUCGUCGGCUGGGUCUUCGUCCAACACGACAAGCACCACAUGCUGCCAUCACCGGCAAACCACAUCAACUGGACAUACACGCUUUCACCGACCAUGGAUGAGCAGGUUCUGUCGAAUCUUGUCCUUGUGCUUCAGACCUUCACCACCGUCUUCGAGUGUGAACAUGUUGUCGAGAAGGUGGUGCCGGUGAUCAUGGAAUUGGACAUUGACCCAGCAAGUGGGAUUCACACGGACGAAUGGUACCUCCACUGGCGAGCGGUGAGAGAAGAGCGAGUAGACCGUCUUCCUAGCUCGACGGCGAUACCAAAUCCAGCAGAAGCAGCAGCAACCGCCUCAUCGCCGUCAGUCGAAGCUCUCGUAGUACUAGCGGUACCACUACCGGCAGUACCAUCAGCAGCACCACUACCAGCAUGA